AUGGCUCUUCGCCAGUGGCCUUCUCGGCUCAGUGUGGUGGUGACCGACGCAACAACCGCGAUGGGCAGUCUCGGUCAGCAGCGUGGCGGCGGUAGUGGUUCUCUAUGCGGCAGCAAGGGCGCGACAGUGGAGGUCGCGGCAGGGGCUCUAACAGUGGUGGUAAUAAUGGCCAACUUAACAUACAAUAAUAAUAGUGCGGAUGUUAAUGGAUGUCAAGUUUGGAUACCUGACUCAGGAGCAACCAACCAUGUCACUCAGGAUAUUGCUGACAUAUCUACUUCGGAGGAAUUCCUGGGUAAUGACACAUUACGUGUCGGUGAUGGCAAAGACAUCAAAUUGUCUACUUACAAAAAAGCUAUCAGGCUACGGUUGAUUCGUACCUAUACGGUACCCGAAGGUCGCAACAGUUCGAAUAGCAUCAAGAGUCAGGAAUGUGUCUUUCAUGACGCUGAGGGUACAUACAUUCAUGGGAACAUCCCUAAAGAGUGUGUUGAAAACUAUUCUAAACUUUUGAAAGAAGGGAAGGUUUAUGCCAUCAAAGAUUUUGCAGUUAUAUCCCACUACUACCAAUACAAAACUACUGAUCACAGCUAUAUGAUCAGAUUUAGUCAUGAGACUACUGUUGAGAGACACAGGCGCAAGGGGUUUCCCUUACUAAUGUUUCGGCUUAAGUCUUAUAUUGACUUAAUGAGUGGCAAUGUAUCUGAAAAGCAUCUCAUUGAUGUGAUUGGUAGAGUGGUGGAGUACUACACUCCAAAAGAGAUUCUUAUAGCUGGAUUUCCCUCCAAAUUGGUGGAUUUUCUCAUAGAAGAUGGCCAGAUUUCAAGCUCAUACAACGCUACACAACUAUGGUUUAAUCAACCUUGCAAGGAAGUUCAGGAAUUUAAAGACAGUUUGAAAGUUGAUACCAGGCCACCUCUAAGUGUACAGACUGUGUCUCACAUGUCUUAUGGCAAUGCUGCUGAGAAUUCAAAAACUCCUAUGAUAGUAACUACAAUCAAGGAUCUUUAUGAAAGAGCCAAGGAGGGCUACUACUGGGUUCCUGGAAGGAUUGUUGCUGUGGAGAGUACUACCAAUUGGUUUUACCAUUCAUGUAGAAGUGAGAGAUGCUUUAGGAAAUUGCACUUGAAGAAUGGGGCUCUACAAUGCCUAACAUGUGGCACAAGCUGGCAAGAGGGAAACCUAAGGUACAGGCUCAUUGUGAGGGUAGGUGAUAAGACCACAGAUGCUCCUUUUCUUUUGUGGGACAAGGAGGGCUGCGAGAUAAUUGGAAAGACUGCAUUCGACCUAAGGAGCAAAUACUCAAUGGAUGGGUCUCCUCUCCCAACAGGUAUGCAAGAAGUUCGUAAUAAGGCUAUGGUCUUCAAGAUUUCUGCUAAGAGUGAUCACUUCAAGAACCGAGCAAUAGCUAUACCUGUGGUUCGAAUAGCAUACGAUGAAGACUUAGUUGAUCACUACUGUCCCUGUUUAAGUGAUGAUCAAUAUCAGCUAUCAAGGAUGUUAAAUGAAGAAGAUCCAGAUGCCGAGUCUGAUGAGUCUGAAUCGGGUGAUGAGGUAAGCAGUCCCAAUCCUAUUCAAGCUAAGAAACAAAAGCUGGAUGAACAAGAUGAACCACUGGAAGCAGUGUCAUCAAAAAGGAAUUUACUUGAUCAAUUUUCAUCAAGUAGAGAUGUUAAGAAAGCAAAGACUGUUUUGGUUAAACAGGAGAAAAAUUAA